GAAAAUGUGCAUUAAGUCAAAAUUGAUGACAAACCAAAAAAGUGAACAAACUCAUAUUACUUUCAUACUAAACAGCAUAAAUUUGAUUUUAUUCAAAAAAAAAACAACUUAAUUUGAUUAAACCAGUAAUUACAAUACUUAACCAACUACCAAUAAUGGAUUUCUCCAUUAAACUUACCUUAACAUCCUUAUUGUUCUUCAUUCUAACCCCAUCUAUCAAUGGUAGAGAUACCAUUACCCCAACUCAACCACUCAAAGAUAAUGGGGAAAAAAUAAUUUCCCCAAAUGGGAAAUUUGAAUUAGGGUUCUUCAACAUUAGUACUAAAAGAUAUUUAGGAAUUAAGUACCAUAAUUUAGCUCAAAAUACUAUCAUUUGGGUAGCUAAUAGAAAUACCCCUUUAAAUGAUACAUCAGGAAUCCUUAGUAUUAACUCUCAAAACGGUUCGUUAUACUUAACAACCAUAUCUUCCAAUACACUAAUUUGGUCCAAUAACAUUAGUGUAACUAUCAGAUCAAAAAACCCGAUUGCCCGUUUGCUCAAAACGGGCAAUCUAAUUAUAGGUGGUUGGAAUUCAACCCUUGAAGAUUAUUUAUGGGAGAGUUUUGAUGAUAUUGGGAAUACAUUUAUGCCCACAAUGAAAUUAGGUUGGAAUUUUGUAAUGGGUUUGAAUAAAUUUAUGUCAUCAUGGAAAUCAGAUGAUGAUCCAUCACAAGGGGAUUAUAUUUACAAAAUUGAUCCAUCUGGGUAUCCACAAUAUUUUUUGAUCAAUCAAAAUGCUAUUUCUUAUAGAGCAGGAUCUUGGAAUGGGGAAAGGUUUAGUGGGGCCCCUAAUUUAAACCCAAAUGAUAUUUACACUUUUGAAUUUGUUAGAAAUCAAAAGGAAGUGUAUUAUGUUGAGAAUUUGAUUGAUUCAAAAGAUGAUAUGAGAAUAGUUUUAAGAUCAAACGGGAUCAUAGAAAGAUGGGUUUGGAAUGAAAAAACAAAAUCUUGGAAGAAAUAUUUGAAAUUUCAAAUGGAUUCAUGUGAUUCAUAUAAUGUUUGUGGGCCCUAUGGGAUUUGUAGUAUAAAUAAUUCUCCUAUUUGUGGGUGUUUAGAUGGGUUUAAGCCUAAAGAUCUUAUAGCUUGGGAAAGAGCUUAUUGGAAUGAUGGGUGUGUUAGGAAGAUGAAAAUGGAGUGUAAAAGUGAUGGGUUUAAGAGAAUUUCUGGGGUGAAAUUGCCUGAUACAAGAAAAGUGUAUCAUAAUGAGAGUUUGAGUUUGAAAGAAUGUGAGAGAUUAUGUUAUGAGAAUUGUACUUGUAAUGGUUUUACGACAUUAGAUGUUACUAAUGGAGGGAGUGGGUGUUUGAUGUGGUUUGAUGAUUUGAUUGAUUUAAGAUAUUAUAGUGAUCAUGGGCAAGAUCUUUAUCUAAGGGUGGCUGCUUCAGAGUUAGGUAGUUCUUCAAAGACAAAAAAGUUAGUGAGCAUUCUCAUCCCUGUGCUGACCUUGGCUUUUGGAGCUUGUCUCUUCAUACUCUGGCGCAAAAGAGGACGAAAAUGGAGAAGUAGUGAACCAACUACAAACCAAGAUUUAUUAGAAACUCGAACAGAGGAUAGAGAUCUUGAUUUAUCAUUAUUUGAUUUUACAGAAAUAUGUAGGGCUACUGAUAAUUUUUCACUAAGGAAGAAGCUAGGAGAAGGAGGAUUUGGGCUAGUGUACAAGGGUAUAUUAAUUGAUGGACAAGAAAUAGCUGUAAAGAGACUUUCAAAUAGUUCAAAACAAGGAGUUCAAGAAUUUAAAAAUGAAGCAUCUUGCAUCGUAAAGCUUCAACAUCGCAACCUUGUAAAACUUCUUGGAUGUUGCAUACACGAGAAAGAGAAGUUGUUGAUUUACGAGUACAUGCCAAAUACAAGUUUAGACUUGUUCAUUUUUGAUAAAAAUAAAAGCAAUCAAAUAGAUUGGCCUAAGAGAUUUAACAUCAUCAAAGGAAUUGCUCGUGGACUUCUAUAUCUUCACCAUGAUUCAAGGCUAAGGAUUAUACAUCGAGAUCUCAAAACUAGCAAUAUCUUACUUGAUCAAGACUUUAAUCCUAAAAUUUCAGAUUUCGGAAUGGCUAGGAUAUUUGGAGGAAAUGACAUUGAUCAUCAAGCAAAUACUAACAGAAUUGUUGGAACAUAUGGUUAUAUGGCUCCGGAGUAUGCAGUUGAUGGGCACUUCUCUAUAAAAUCUGAUGUCUUUAGCUUUGGCGUCUUGGUGCUAGAGAUAGUAAGUGGGCAGAAAAAUAGAGAAUUUAGCCAUCCUAAUCAUGGACUCAAUCUUCUUGGACAUGCAUGGAGACUUUAUAAUGAGGAAAAGUCAUUGGACUUGGUUGAUGAAUCAGUAAAAGAAUCAACAAUUGUUCCUGAAGUGAUACGAGCAAUUCAAUUGGGUCUUUUAUGUGUGCAAAAAUCAGUUGAAAAACGCCCCAACAUGUCAUUGGUUGUUCUAAUGUUGGAAAGUGAAGUCUCUUUACCUAUUCCUAAAGAGCCUGGUUUUUUUAUUGAAAGAGAAAUUAAAGAUCCAUCUUCAUCUAAUGCAAGUGCAACUAACGAAAUUAGCAUCACAUUUUUAGAUGGUAGUAACAAGUAUAAUGGAACAGAAGAAGUAUCAUACAAACAGUUUGAUCUAAGAUCUCAUAUGAAUAGCUUAUAUGCAAACCCGAUUAGAUCCAUGGAUAUCUCCACCAUUUCCAAUUUCUCAUUACCAUUCUUAAUCUUCUUCAUUCUAACCCCAUUUAUCAAUGGUAGAGAUACCAUUACCCCAUCUCAACCACUCAAAGAUAAUGGUCAAAAAAUCAUUUCCUCAAAUGGGUUAUUUGAAUUAGGGUUCUUUAACAUUAGUACUAAAAGAUACUUAGGAAUUAAGUAUCAUAAUUUUGCCCAAGAUACCAUCAUUUGGGUAGCUAAUAGAAACAUUCCUUUAAAUGAUACCUCAGGAAUUCUUAGUAUUAACCCUUCAAAUGCUUCCUUAUUUUUAACAACCAUAUCUUCUAAUGCACCCAUUUGGUCUGCUAAUGUCAGUUCAUCAAUCAUACCAAAAAACCCAUUCGCCCGUCUUCUUAAUACGGGCAAUCUAGUAAUUAGUAAUUCGGAUCCGGGUCCGGGCUCAAGUGAUUACAUAUGGGAGAGUUUUGAUUAUCCGGGUAAUACCCUAAUGCCCACAAUGAAAUUGGGUUGGAAUUUCGUAACGGGUCUGGAUAGAUACAUGAAUUCAUGGAAAACGGAUGAGGAUCCAUCAGAAGGGCAAUACAUAUAUAAAUUUGAUCCAUCUGGGUAUCCGCAGAUUUUCCUAACCCGGAAAGAAAAUGGUAUUGUAUACAGGUCGGGUCCAUGGAAUGGUAAAAGGUUUAGUGGAGCACCCAAUUUAAAACCCAAUGAUAUAUACACAUUUGAGUUUUUUAUGGAUGAAAAUGAGGUAUAUUAUCAGUAUAAUUUAACUGAUUAUAAUGUAAUUUCAAGGAUGUUAUUAAGAACAAAUGGGAAUAUUGAAAGAUGGAUAUGGAAUAAAAAAGCUAAUAAUUGGAUCUUAUAUUUAAUAACCCAAUUGGAUUCUUGUGAAAAAUUUAAUCGUUGUGGGCCCUAUGGGAUAUGUAACAUAAAUAAUAAUCCUCUUUGUGGGUGUUUAGAUGGGUUUGUGCCAAAAGAUCCUAUAGCUUGGAAUACAGCUUAUUGGAAUGAUGGGUGUGUAAGAAGGAUAAAAUUGGAAUGUAAAAGUGAUGGGUUUAAGAGGAUUUCUGGUUUGAAAUUGCCUGAUACAAGAAAAAUUUUUUAUAAUAAGAGUUUGAGUUUAAAAGAAUGUGAGAAAUUGUGUUAUGAGGAUUGUUCUUGUAGUGCUUAUACAAAUUCUGAUGUUAGAAAUGGUGGAAGUGGGUGUUUUAUGUGGUUUGGUGAAUUGAUUGAUACAAGAUAUUAUGAUAGUGAUGAUGGACAAGAUCUUUAUGUUAGGAUGGCUGCUUCUGAAUUGGGUAGUCAUUCAACUGUGAAAAAAUUAGUGAGCAUUCUUGUCCCUGUGCUAAUCUUGACUUGUGGAGCAUUCUUUGUUUUUCUUUGGUUAAAAAGAAAAGGAAAAUGUAAGGGCUUUAUAAAAACUACAAAACAAGAAUUAUCAAGUUCUCAAACACAAGAUAGAGAUUUGCCUUUAUUCGAUUUUGAAGAAAUAGAUAAGGCAACUAAUAACUUUUCAUGGGGGAACAAACUUGGACAAGGAGGAUUUGGAUUUGUUUAUAAGGGUAUAUUGAGUGAUGGACAAGAAAUAGCUGUAAAAAGACUUUCGAAGGAUUCGAAUCAAGGAGUUCAGGAAUUCAGAAACGAAGCAUCUUGCAUUAUAAAACUUCAACAUCGCAAUCUUGUAAAUCUUCUUGGAUGUUGCACGCAUGAGGACGAGAAAUUGUUGAUAUAUGAGUACAUGCCAAAUAUGAGUUUGGACUUGUUGAUUUUCGACAGAACUAAGAGCAGUCAAAUAGAUUGGCCUAAGAGGUUCAAUAUCAUCAAUGGAAUUGCUCGUGGACUUCUUUAUCUUCACCAUGAUUCAAGGCUAAGGAUUAUACAUAGAGAUCUCAAAACUAGCAAUAUCUUACUCGAUCAAGAUUUUAACCCUAAGAUAUCAGAUUUUGGAAUGGCAAGGAUUUUUGGAGGAAAUGAAUUUGAUCAAGAAAAUACCAAAAGAAUUGUUGGAACAUAUGGUUAUAUGGCUCCAGAGUAUGCUAUAGACGGACACUUCUCUACUAAAUCCGAUGUCUUCAGCUUUGGCGUCUUGGUGCUAGAGAUAAUAAGUGGAAGGAAAAAUAAAGAUUUCACCCACCCUAAUCACAGCCUUAAUCUUCUUGGACAUGCAUGGAGACUUUAUAAUGAAGAAAGAUCCAUGGAUUUGUUGGAUCCAUCAGUGAAGGAAUCAGCCAUUGAUUAUCAAGUGAAAAGAGCAAUUCACAUGGGUCUUUUAUGUGUGCAAAAAUCAUCAGAUAAACGUCCAAAUAUGUCAUUUGUGGUCAUGAUGUUGGGAAGUACAAUACCAUUGGCUGAUCCUAAUGAGCCUGGAUUUUUUAUUGAUAGAGAUAUUAAUCAUCCAUCUUCAUCUUCUAGUAUGCUUAAUGAUAAAUCAAUUAAUGAAAUUAGCAUUACAUUUAUGGAUGGUAGGUGAUGUUCAAUACAUAUUGUAGAUAUAUAAUUGUAUAAUUUUUAGAAUAUUAUAUCUUGUGAUAGGAUUUUAAUGAGUUAUGAUUUUUUUUUCUUAUUCUAGUAGUUAGAAUUCAUCUUUAAAUAAGAAUUUGACUUAAGGUAGUGUUUAUAGGCAAAAAAUGGGACAACAACGGAAGAAAAGUAAGAGCAUAAAAGACGACUUAUUCGAGUGCACUUAGAGUGUUCGUUCGAGUAGUUUUAGUCAAAAGCAUUUAUUUUUGUGUGAAGAGAACUGCUUAUUCGAGCUGAUAAAUCGCUCGUUUUUGCGGUCAAAUAUUAUUUUAAUGCUCUAACGCUCUUAAUUUAAAAGUUUAAACUUAAUUAGGCUAAGUUAAAUACUAGGAUGAGAUUCGAUUCACCUAUCAUAACAAGAGAUAGGCCAAAUGCUAUAAAUGAUUCAAUUUCUCAAAUAAAAAAUAAAAAAUAAGAACUUAAAUGAUGUGAUGUGUAUUUUGUGCCUUUUUGAGAACUAUC